GGGCUCUGCUGUAGGCGGAUGAGCCACACUCAGCUGGACAGCGCACACUGUUGAUCGCACAGGAUUUCUCUCCGGAACAAGAUCUAAAUAUCAAUCUUUCAUCAGCAUGGCUCAAGCGAAAAUACAAGCUAAAAUGAGCAACGAACCUCCGUGCAGCAAGUUCAGCAGGACCCUGUCCAUGGCAGACCGCUCGGGACAACUCCUUGAGAAUUUGGAUCAGCUGGAAAUAAGGGUGGAGACUUUACGCGAAGCAGCGUCAGCCUUGGAGCAGGAAAGGGAGUGCAUCCUGGAAAUGAUUCAGUCCACUCUGAACAGUCAAGAAAUACUUAGCGUCUGUGCUGGAGAGAGAGAAGAGUUAACUCUAACUGCAAACCGUCUAAUGGGGCGGACACUGUGUGUGGAGGUCUCUGUUGGCACGAUCAGAAACUCCCAGCAGGAGGAGGCACUGCGCAAGGCCACAACUAUAAUAGAUGAAAUUGUCAAGAAGUUACUGGGUGACAUGGAAGGUGCAAGACAUCAGCUGCUGGCCCUGCACGCAGCCUGUGUGACCGAGGCACCGCCUGUCCCCAUCGACCAGAAGUUUCAGGCCUUAGUGAUCGGCUGCGCUCUAGAGGACCAGAAGAAGAUCAAGCGGAGGCUGGAGACUUUGAUGAGGAACGUUCAAAAUGCUGAAAAGAACAUCAAGAUCAUGGAUCAUCAAAAACUGGAGGACCCAAAAGCCAAUGGCACUCUCUAAGGCUUAUCAACUAAGCAUAAAAUAUGUUUUUAAUGCCACUAAACUCACUAAAAACUGUUGUAAUCCUGUACUAACUUAUGAAGGAUGCUUCAUAUUGCAGCAGGACCAGUCCCUAUUUUAAGAUUUCAGUGAUACUGUACCUUAUGGCAAAAAAAAGUAAAGAACAAAAUAAUUGCAUUCACAAGUGAGAACCAUAGACACCAUCUUUCUUCCUGAAGGAAUAACUUAGUAUUAAUGAUUUUAAUUUCAAUUAUUGUAAUUUGAUGCAUUUAAUAUAGAUUGUUUAACGUAUAUACCCAGUACUAAAUAUAAAUUUACUUAUGCACAAAAGUGAGACCGAAAACAAUAACACCAGAAAGUACUUUGGUUGCAGAUUUUUUGAAGGUCCACUUCUGACAAUCAGAUCACAAUUAAGUCACUAUAAUGUGUCAGUAGAUAAUUUACCGAGGUUUGGGUAAUAAAACAGUGUAAAACUUGACUGAGCACCUGCACUAAAGUAUCAAAAUAAUUAAUUAAGGUCAGAAAAUAUCUUAAAUUUUUAGGGUUUAUCCACUCUUACACAGUUUUGACGUGUCUUUUCCUGUUUCACGGUUUCACCUUUUAAAUCAGGCACUUGGGAUUUUGGAUGUGCACACACUACCUCUUUGUGUGAAAGCAACACAAGUCACAUUAAGCUGUGGAUUUUAGCUAGUAUUUGCACAAAGCUAUUUUUAUGACUGAUUAUGUUGAGCAAGUAAAUAAAAAACACAUUGUGUGACAAGCAUUUGGUAGAGAUGUCUGUGAGUAGUGUUAAGAGUGGCCUGUCCUGUUAACAUUAUAACUUUAAUUGUAAAUCAGGUUGGUUGACUGAGUUUUAAGAGCCUGAAGAA